AUGGAUCAAGAUCAGUCUGCCAGUGAGCAGCAAAACAUGUUGUAUAUUCUUGUGACUGGCGCAAACAGUGGCCUUGGAUUCUCUAUCUGCUGCCGCCUUGCGGACGAGUUCCUUUCCUCCCACCCCGAAACCGAGUCUUUGACCAUAAUCUUCACGACAAGAAGCGCGCGCAAAGCCGAAGACACCAUCUGCGGACUAAAAGCGCACCUCCGCAAAACCUCCCCCUCAGCCAGCGCCGCAGCCCGCGUCCACUUCACCCCGGAAAGCGUCGACCUCGGAGACCUCGUUUCCGUCCGCAAACUCUCCCACAGGCUCGUCCAUACCCUCCCCAGACUCGAUGCCAUAAUUAUGAAUGCCGGUGUUGGUGGGUGGUCCGGAAUCCACUGGCCAAAGGCCAUCUGGGGCGUAUGCACGGAUCUCAUUGAACAAGUGACUUGGCCGAACUACAAGCUUGCGCCGACAGGCGUACUCACCGCGAAACAAACAAAGAUCGAAGAAGAGCCCGCACUGGGCUCGGUUUUUUGCGCAAAUGUCUUCGGUCACUACAUGCUUGCACAUAAUGUGACUCCGUUGCUGAAGCGGGCCCACAUCAACGGCCCCGGCCGUGUGGUUUGGGUUUCCAGCAUCGAAGGCACUUACAAGCAGUUCAAUGUCGACGAUAUUCAGGGCUUGCGCACUGCUGCCCCAUAUGAGUCCUCCAAGGCUCUUACAGAUAUCCUGGCUUUGACUUCUGACCUUCCGAGUACAGCUCCUUGGUCGGUUGAGAGCUUCUUAGAAUCUGAAACGGAGCUCAACACACAUGCUAUUCAUACCGAUGCUCCUGAUUCUUCCCCGCGCACUUAUCUCUCUCACCCUGGUAUCUGCGCUACGUCUAUUAUCCCGCUUAUUCUUCCUCUGGCCUGGGCCAUGGUUGCUGCUUUCUGGAUUGCUCGGAUAUUGGGAUCACCAUGGCACCCCUUGUCCACUUACCUCGGUGCUUGCGCUCCAGUGUUCCUCGCAUUGGCAACACAGGCUAAGUUAGAAGCUGCCGAAGAGCCUUACCACAAGGCUGGGGGCGGGCGAGUGAAAUGGGGCUCCUCUUGCACUCGAACUGGGCUGGAAAGCCCCGCUUCCACCGAGGUUGAUGGCUGGGGCCAUGGUGGUGUUGUCGGCACUCCUGUUGUUGAGGCUGAUAGGCUCCAACGUCGCAAGCGUGGCGCCAAAUAUCUGACCAAGGAACAGAAGGAGGAGUUUGAAGAGCUUGGACGUCAGUGCUGGAAGCAGAUGGAGGACUUGAGGGUCCAAUGGGAUGAGAUUCUGGAUCAGGCUGAGGCUCGUUCCUAG